GGUUCUGUAUCAUUAUUGCUGUCACAUUGCUAUCGUGUUGUAUUAAUUAGAAGCUCUAUUAGUUUUCUGACAGACUGUCAAAGAACGGUCAUGGGUAUCAUCUCGGAGAAAUUCCAUCCUUCAUAAACGGCUCCCCUCAUUCCUCCCCCAUGUCUUUCCUGAUCUUUCUCUUCCUUCCCUUGCUCUCCGUCGCACUCCAAGUGAAAAACCUCGUUACCUUUGGGGACAGCUACACGGACAUUGUGAACGUGGGCGAUGGGGGAACGGCGUGGCCCGUCUACGCGGCGGGGUACGCGGACCUGACGCUGUACCCGUUUGCACGGUCGGGGGCUACGUGCUCGAACAAUAUCACGUUUCGUCCUUUUCCCUCGAUAUUCGAGAGCCAGCUCCCGUUGUAUUUCGCGGAAAAGCACAACGGGUCGAUCAAGGUAAACCCAACAGAGACUCUGUACACGCAGUGGAUCGGGACGAACGACGUGGGGGUGUAUUCGUUGCUGACGGGGAGCAACGACGCGUCGCUGGUGGAUGUGGUGGGGUGUAUGGUGAAUUGGGUGCGGGUGCUGUACGAGGACGGGGCUCGGAAUUUUUUGGUGCAAAACAUGGUGCCGCUGAAUAAGGUGAUCCUGUAUGCACCCGACUCGUACCCAAACAGAUACUUUAACGGGGCGCGUAACACGUCUGAAUGGAGCGUGUUUAUGCGGGAGCUGGUGCUGAGUGGCAAUUCGUUGUCGCGGGCGAUGCUGCAGGCAUUGGUGCCGGAGGUUCCGGGUGCUCAUAUCGGGAUAUUCGACUCGCAUGGCCUGUUCCAGGAUAUAUACGACAACCCGGCAGAGUACCUGAAUGGGACGGCGCCGUUGAAUAUCACGGGUGCAGUGGUGUCGUGUGUGUAUACAGAGGGAGGCGGGAGCAGCGUAUGCACGACGGCGGAGGGAACGGACCGGGACAGUUUCCUGUGGUACGACGAGCUACAUCCGAGCGAGCAAGCGGACAGAAUCGUGGCUCGGAACAUUGGCUCGGUUGCGAGAGGUGAAGACAAUAGGUGGACGACAUGGAUUUCAUAGUUACGAGACCGGGAUGGCAAAGUCAAAUGAAGAAAAGAUGGGAUCUGUGCUCCAGGAAGGGUCU